AAAACGCCCCUGUUUGCCUCUCUUUGCCAUCUCCAUUUUCCGUUCGUUGCUCGGGAAUCUCCUUUUUAUAAGACGAUUCAAUCUAACCCUCUUCUUGAAAUUUUUCUUGGCAAAAUAUACCCUUUUCCGCUAAAACGUAGUUGGAAUUUAAUUAUAUUGGCUUACAAUGUCUUCCCCAAGCAAGAGGAGAGAAAUGGAUGUAAUGAAGUUGAUGAUGAGUGAUUACAAUGUGGAAACAAUAAAUGAUGGACUCAACGAAUUCAACGUUGAAUUUCAUGGUCCCAAAGAAAGCCUGUAUGAAGGUGGAGUUUGGAAAAUCCGAGUUGAGCUUCCUGAUGCUUAUCCAUACAAGUCCCCUUCUAUUGGGUUUAUGAACAAGAUAUUCCACCCAAAUGUUGAUGAAAUGUCCGGUUCUGUAUGCUUGGAUGUUAUUAACCAAUCAUGGAGUCCAAUGUUCGAUCUUUUAAAUAUUUUUGAAGUUUUUCUUCCACAACUCUUGCUUUACCCAAACCCUUCGGACCCCCUAAAUGGGGAUGCAGCAUCAUUGAUGAUGAAGGAUCGGAAGCAAUAUGAUCAAAAAGUAAAAGAGUACUGUGAGCGAUACGCAAAGAAAGAAAACAUCACAAAAUCCACAGCUGAUGAAGAGAGCGAUGAAGAAGAUGUCACUGAUGAAGAAAGCAAAUCUAGUGAUGAUGAAAUCGCUGGACAUGCAGACCCAUAACAGAACUCGGGGACUUGGCUCAAUGAGCUAAACACCUGAUAAAAGCAGCAAUGAACCCCUUUGUUGUUCUCCUCAGCAUAGAAAAAUAGAAGUGAUAAGAGAUUUCAAAAUACUAGGGGUCACAAGAAAAAUGGACAGAACAAUUGAUACACUAAAUCAAAUAUGUUUAUCAUCAUCUCUUGUUAAGUAAUUAUUUGAUUGUCUCAACAGCCUUUUAUUUUCUUUUCCCAUUAGAUCUCUGUACUAGGAGAUUACAAAUAUUUGAAUAUAUAUAUAUAUUGUAUAUGCUGAGAAUUUGUUUA